UUUUUUCUUCCUCUCCACUUUGUUGGUUGUUUAUUAAUCCAUUUUUGCUAAACUGGGCAACCAAAAUGGGUGUUCCCUCUGUUUUGGCACUCUUGCUUCUAAUUCACCUACUGUUUCUUCAUCACUCUUUUGGGAAAUGUCCAGAGUCUUUCGACUGUGGAGCUCGUGGCCAAAUCAGAUACCCUCUGUCCAACUCCACAUAUCCCCAUUGUGGGCUCUACAAUGUAAUAAAUUGUACAGACCCAGUUCCAAAACUCUCCAUGGGAAAGGAGGGACUGUACAAUGACCUUAUUAGUACCAAUGUCACUGAAAAUUCCAUUAGGGUUAAUGACCCAGAUCUAGGGAACCUCAUUAGGACAAACAACUGUGAUGUUUUUGGGUUUUACUUGAACUGGACUCUUACCCCUACCCUCUCCGGUAUUUCUUUCACAAUAUCACCUGGUCUCACCUUGUUCAAAUGCAUUACCAUAAGCCCUGAACUUGACAAGAAACAAGAUGAGUAUUUUCGUGGCAAUGACAGUUACGGAGGCUGCAGUGGAUACACUGUCUACUAUAGGUAUCCAAAACAUGACCAGGCCUCAAGUAGUGUCAUUUCUUCUCGUAAUUGUUCGGUUUUUGAAUUGCCAGUGGUACCCGAACUCGGGAACCGAAAUGCCAGUGAUUUGUACUCUGUGUUGGCUUCUGAGUUCUCUAUCAGGUUUCAUGUGUCCAAGGAAUGUCAACAGUGUCGACACAAGGGGGGGACAUGUUCUCGUGAUAGAACGCUCUUCCGCUGCGCAAAUGAGAAAGAAGGAAGAAAUAGAUUGCCAUUGAUUCUCGGAACAGUUGUCCCUGCUCUUGGGAUUAUGGUAAUCCCGUUGUUCUACAUUAUCAUCAAGAGACUCUGGAAAAGUGAAUCCGCAUUCUUUUGGAAGAAGAAGACAGAGAACUACCGAAACAUUGAGGCAUUUCUAAAGAAUUGUGGAUCUCUCUCUCUUAAAAGAUACACUUACUCUGACAUCAAGAAAAUUACCAACUCCUUCAAAACUCAACUAGGCCAGGGAGGCUUUGGUUGUGUCUUCAAAGGAAAGUUAGAAAACGACUACCUCGUGGCAGUGAAGGUUCUGAAAGGGUUGAAAGGCAAUGGAGAAGAGUUCAUUAACGAGGUUGCAACCAUUAGUAGAACUUCUCAUGUAAAUAUUGUGACUCUUCUUGGGUUCUGUUUUGAGGGUCGCCAUAGAGCUCUCGUAUAUGAGUUCAUGCCUAACGGAUCUCUUGACAAAUUCAUACAUGAUGGUGGUUCCUUGACAUAUCUCCAGUUGAGUUGGGAAGCAUUAUACCGAAUUGUGGUUGGUAUUGCUCGAGGGUUGGAGUACUUACACCGUGGUUGCAACACACGAAUUUUGCAUUUUGACAUAAAGCCUCAUAAUAUUCUUCUAAAUGAGGACUUUUGCCCGAAGAUAUCUGAUUUUGGCCUUGCUAAACUAUGCCCGCAAAAAGAGAGUAUCAUAUCGUUCACAGGUGCUAGAGGAACAGCGGGCUACAUUGCCCCCGAAGUAUUUAGUAGACAUUUUGGUGGGGUUUCACACAAGUCUGAUGUGUAUAGUUAUGGAAUGAUGGUUCUAGAAAUGGUUGGAGUCAGAACGAACAUUAGUGUCGAGGUUGAUCAUUCGAGCGAAAUAUACUUUCCAGAUUGGGUAUACAAGCGUCUUGAGCUAGACGAAGAACUCGUACUACAUGGCAAUGUGGAUGAUGAGGCCAAUGCAAUCGCAAGGAAGAUGAUAAUAGUUGGCCUGUGGUGCAUACAAACUGCUCCUUCACACCGACCAUCAAUGAGUCGGGUGGUGGAUAUGUUAGAAGGGAGCCUUGAGUCUUUGCAAAUCCCACCUAAGCCUUUCUUGUCUUCUCCUUCAAGAUCACCUGUGGAAUAUACUUCCUCUACACUAAUGUGAUGACAUUGUGGCGAUGCAAAUCUCUGCACUCCCUUCCCAUGAUCAUAAAUGCACGAAAAUUAGGUGAGUUUGUAUCUCUUAUGUGCUUGUUGCAAUAUAUCAAUCAAAACUUGGUGAGUUGUGUAAUCUUUAAACAAGAACUUGUGAGGGCUCUAAUGUGACGAUCAACCUUUAGUUUGUAUGUUUUUAUUCGAUAAAAUUUGUGGCCUAUAAAUUG